AUGUCGGCACUAAAGCUAGCAAACUUGCCAGCGCUGCGAAAGCAACAACUUCUGUCAGAAUUCACUGGCUUGAAACAGGCGUGCCCCUCAGGCGUUUUCGUAACAUUGACACCAGGCGACUCGACCGUUUGGUCUGCUGUCUUGUUUAUUCGUGAUGGACCCUAUGCUCCCGCCGUGCUCAGAUUCCAAAUCAUGUUCCCUGAUUCCUACCCGCGACGAGCUCCCAUGAUUAUAUUUGCGACCGACAUCUUCCAUCCCCUCAUUACGCCUCUUACAACAUACAUGUACACCACCGAUAUACAAGAUAAUGGCACUGUUAGCGCGACAGACGACGAACGCUUACCGCCCGGAGGCUUCAGCCUGCGCCAUGGAUUCCCGGAGUGGUUUGGCAGAGUGCGCCGCAGCGCCGAGGCUAGUCUCUCUGCGCCAUCAAGCCCUACGGUCGAACAGACAGCCAUGUUUGCGAGCCCAGAACCUGGUGCUGCUGGUGCGGCCGGACCCUCCUACAUGCAGACCAAUCGACCUCUCGUGUCCAUGUACCAGGUUCUCAAAUACAUAAAGAGCGCGUUCGACAAGCCAGAGGUGCUGGACUCGGUUCCUCUGGAUGCUGCUGGGAACCCUGGCGCGUGGCACGCGUGGAGGACGCAUCGGCGGAAACAGCGAGCGAAGCAGGCCGAGGGGGGGGAGCAGGGCAGCGACGGAGCCGCUGCGACGCCGAGCCCCAAGAAGCCAGCUGGCGAAAAGAGGCCCGUUGGUCAGUCUGCGCCCAGGAAACCCGGCGAGUGGAAUUGGGAUGGUGUCUGGGAGGACAGAGUGAAGAAAGGCGUGGCGGCAAGCUUGUCAGAACCUGUUCUUUUCGGUGGCACCACUAUAAAUGACGAACUGAUUCGCUUUCUUGCCAUGGAAGCAACGGAAGCAGAAUCCAUCAAAGACAACCUGCUCCGUACCCUCGGCACCUCUGUGUAG